AUGCCGCAAACUAUCAGCUAUGUACACUGAAAAAUCGGUUGAAUUUGAUUGUUCUAAUAAGCUAAACAAUACAAUUUAGAAAGCCGUUGUGCGUUAGAACAAGCAACGGAGGAACGUGUUGCAGAAGUUUUCUAUUUCUAUAACACUACGAGGGGACGAGUAAAGUGGGACACCUCGAACUGUUAGAACGAACAAGAAAGAAAGAAAAGAGAAGACAGCAAAGGUGAAUAAGAUAUUCACCAAACAGAGCAAUUGCUAAACAAACUGAAAUGGUUUAAUUAUUCAUGUGCAAUGUGGAUAGACAGCCAUGGGAAAAGUUGAUAAGUCCAUCAAAUCAAAUUAAGGAGCAAAAAAAGUAGGUUUGAAUUGUCCUUCUGAAUGGUACUUAUGUUUUUUGUCCAUGAUUGAAUGGUUCUCAUGAAUCACAUGCUGUGGGACAGGCUUCGCAAUUGGCAAAAGACUAAGGAGUAAUGACCACAAAAGUUUUAGAACAAACAACCUUAGUAAACAAAACAAAUUAAUCAGUUUAGUCAAUUCAAAAUUAGCAUGACUUAUUCUUCAAGAAAUAGUGGUUUUGUGGCAUGACUUUUCUGCAUGCCAUGGGAAAUCAAUAGUUUCCUUACUGGAGAAGUUUGGGGCUCUAUAUAAGCGAGGUCUUGGUCUUGCUUGUUCCCCGAGAAGACUCGUGGGAUCUCUAUUUUCUUGGCCAAUAUGAAGCAAAAGAUUGUGAUGAAGGUACAGAUGAAUUGCCUAAAAUGUCAGAGCAAGGCACUCCAGGUUGUAGCUGAAGCAAAUGGGGUGAGCUUUGUGGGGUUAGGGGCGCAGAAAGAUAGAGUGGAGGUGAUUGGGGAUGGAGUUGAUGCUCCAAAGUUGGUGAAAAGUCUGAGGAAGAAGGUUGGCCACACUGAGCUCCUCACCGUAGAAGCUGUGAAAUGAAUACAACAAGCUAUAGAAGCUUGGAAGACCAUGCUUUUGCCUGCCAAUCCAAUAAGAGAGGGAGAGAGAGAGAGAGAGAGAGCUAUUUUGUUUUUAAUAUUAUGUACAUUUCGUUACUACAGCUGCAAUGAUGCUUCUAACUAAUCAUGACAGCAAUAGAAUAGCAGUUAUAUCUUAUCUCAUUGCAGAAAGAUCUGCAAAGUAACAUUGACCAUGAUGGUUAACAAAAUAAAUUCCAUAAGUAACGAAAAGAGACCGUAGUUAGACAAAGACGUGCCUGUACACCAUUAUCUAAAACAGGCAACAAGUUGACUCCUCAAUGUUGCCUAUUCCCACCUCAAUAAACGAAAAAUUAAGAGCAGCACAGAAAAACAUGAUGCAUGAAUAGUUAACAAAAUAAAUUCCAUCAGUAACGAAAAGUGACCGUAGUUAGACAAAGACGUGCCUGUACACCAUUAUCUAAAACAGGCAACAAGUUGACUCCUGAAUGUUGCCUAUUCCCACCUCAAUAAACGAAAAAUUAAGAGCAGCACAGAAAAACAUGAUGCAUGAAUAGCAAUGGACAAUCCAUGGAAGUUGUUAUCCAUUGAUGCAUCAUCCAUGGAAAUAUAUCCUGAAGGUAAGGGAUGAUGUGAAAAGAAAUACCAAGAACUUUAAGUCCACAUAAUGACAGAACAGAAAAAACACCAUAGUCAAAACAAGGCAAAUGUAAGGUUUUAAAUAUAUCCAAUUUGACAAAGCCCCAAGAAAUAAAUGCUAAUUAUGUUUAUCACACUUUCCAAUUUCUUUCAGGAAAAAAUGAUUAUGUUCAUUAUUCUCAUUAACCACUUUCAGCAUAAUAGCUAAAUGCCUACACAGUGAGCUGUUAGACCUACAUUCACAAUUCGUUGUUCCUAUGAGAAUCAGCAAAGAACACCACCAUGUUUAAGUUACUGUACAUUUUGGUGCACACAGUAAGAAUUUUUUAUGUUCAACUUAAACGUCAAUGCAUAAGGAAAAAAGUCUAAAUCUAGCAAAGUGAG